AUGGCCUCUUCUGCCGCUGUCGUUGCCGAACUGGAUGAUGAUGACCACCAUCACGACGAAGAUUUAGAGCAUCGACUUUCUGGCGACCGCUUAUUGGCAGACGAGGAACCCCUGGUUCUCGAUUCUGUAAUUUCUACAGACGUUUCGAGCCCGGUAAUGCGUCAUAAGAGGUGGUUGCUGUAUCUAGCGGCGGCAAGCUCGCUAUUGUGCAUGUUCACCAUCAACUUUGAUCUGCUAUUUCUCUCGACCAACUACAGCAAGAGAAUCGCUUCCGACCUCCAUCAAUUAAGCAACGCGGUCUGGAUCAUUCUGGUUGGAUCCAUUACUGAGACUGCUUCUCAGCCCGUCUACGCAUAUCUCAGUAAUAACCAAGGGCGUAAGAGGGCUUUCCUCCUUGCUGCAAGUCUAACGGCGAUCGGUUUCUUGCUAUGUUCUCUCAGUACGCGACUGUUACACUUAGUUCUAUCUCGCUUUGUCGUCGGUUCCGGAUGUGCUGGAGUAUCUCUCGUAGUAACUAUCAUAAUAAAUGACAAUGUUCCGUUGAAAGAUUUCGCCCUUUGGCGAAGUCUACUCAUUUUUGUUCAGAUGGCUGGCGACGUUUCGGGGGGGCCUUUGGGAUCUGCUAUUGCUGAUGCAUCCAGUUGGCAAGCGGUAUACGGAAUAGAGACGAUAGUGAUGUUAUGCGGCCUUGUCGGGACAUCUUUCUCUCUCGCAGGCUCUCGAAAUCAGAGUAGAGACUCCCCGAAGCCUCGACUCGACCUUUUACAGACACUCCUUCUAUUCGUCACGAUUGCAUUACCCCUAUUCGCUCUCAACCUUGGCGGAGAUAUACUUCCAUGGAGUCACCCUGUCGUAAUAGUGCUGUUUUCUUGCACCCCGGUGGCGCUCGGUGGAUUAAUAUUAGUAACCAUAAAUCGUUCAGAAAAUUCCUCCAUGAUUAAGAAGUUGCUUGACCGUUCCGCUAUCUUAGCUCUUUUUACUACUACUUUCUUCGUUGUGUACGCCUUCAACUCGCUCACUUAUAACAUGGCCGUAUACAUCGAAGCUCGAUCAUUCAACAACCCAUCUACGUUUGGCGACUGGGCACUGUCGUGUAUAUUCCUUUCGCGCCCUUUCGGAACGUUUCUGGCCGGCUUGAUUAUCAAAAGGUACCGAAGCCCCUGGAUUUUACUUCGGUGGAACAUGAUAGUGUGGUUUUUCCUAUACAUAUUAGCUACAUCUGGGACUAUGCCCCUCGAGAACCCUGCAACGGCGCCGUGUCUGUUACUUAUCGGAUUAAGCCUCGGGGUAUUCGAAAGCUCCCUUAUUGUGUCCUUGUUUGGCACUGUACAGAAGAAAGAACAAGCAUCGUUCCUAGCCGCCUUUAAUGUGGUUGUCGCAUUCGCUGGUGAUGUUGGUGUUGGGGUUUCCUUGGCCUUGACACAAAACUUUCUCAGGCGAGGCCUGCAUCGCGCAUUAGUUGGCAUGCCAAACGCUGAAGAGGUUAUAUCCAAAGCUUUGGAAAGCCUGGAUUCAAUCCGCAACAUACCCCUUGACGAGCAAAGUAAGAUCAUCGAAGUAUACAAGAAUUCGAUUGAAAAAGUCUGGGCGAUAUCUUGUGUAACACUCCUUAUCGGCAUAGUGGCGACGAUGUCACAGCGAGCAGUAUAUCGAGAUGAGAGCGAACCUGGAAGAAACGACCACGUCCACGCGGGAUAA